GAAUUUUAUUGUUUAUUUAAAAAAAAAAAAAAAAAAAAAAUCUCCCAGGACAUAUAAAUUAGUUUGUUUUGUAUAAACUAUAACUAUGUUAGUAGAAGUGCCAAAAAUCAAUUUGAUACCUUUGUGUAUUUCACCAACUAGAUAGAUGCUGAUGCAAAGUUGCUCAAUCUGGUUUCCACAAAAUGGGAUGACUGUAUAAAGUCAAAAUAAAAAAUAUAUAUAUCAUUACAGUGAUAAGAAAAAGUGAUUUUUUUAUCUUCUCAACCACAGCUCCAGACUACAUGGGGACAUCUUAACAAAACCAGGCUACUAAACACACGACAUAUAGAUAUUUAUAGAUAUAAUUUGAUAAUGACCCACCUUAAACAGGUAAUUUAAUGGAAACAUUGCAGCUAAGCUAGCCUACAAAGUGCCAUGAAAAUUUAUUUUUUAAGUUUUUGGCAACAAACAUUUUAGAUCAUUAAAUACAUGUUAAUAUCUGACAGAUAACACAGUAGAUGCACAAAACAGUUUUAAAUGAGUAUUUUUGUUUAAGUAUACAAAUCUCCCCAAUCUAGCAGUUGUGAUAACUCUCAAUGAGUCUCAAUAAGUCUUAUAGGGUAGAAUAUUACCCUUUAUUGUCCACAGUAGGGAACUUGACAGGCGAUCAAAACAUGUAGAUAAGCCAACGGUCACAAGCUGAUGCUGAUCCUUCAGGUUUUUCUUUUGAGGAACCAAGUCCAUGGCUCCAUCUGCUACCAGUCAGUCAUGUUUGAAUAUUUGAAUAUAAAUUUGAGAUGAACCUUUAUGUUCUCUUUGAUCACCAUUGGUUUUGGCUGUAGAACACAUCAAUGCUGAUCUUAAUUGAGGCCAGAGGUGCUUUAGAUAUUGUUUUAAGUUCUUUUGUAAUAUCCUGGAGAAGUUGUAGACGCUCUCUUGGCGAGCUUGAUAAAUAUCAACUGGUCUCAACUCCAUUAAAAUGCAUCAAAGUUUUUCACUGUAACUUGACAAAAGGUGACAAAUUUAAAGGGUUAUGAAUACUUUUGCAUGGUGCUGUGUGUCUGAGGAAAGGCAAUCUUAUGAGUCAUCAUCUGUCGAGUUAGUUCAGGCAGUUAGCUGAUUGUUUCUACUUACGGUGGUUUGACAGCUUAUUAAACCUAAUUUUAUGGCUCCAGCAUAGUGCCAGCUAUGCUAGGUGGCAGAUAUGUUACAAAACAUGUGUCUGCUUUUGAGAAGUACCCCAUCUCACCAGCAGCAAGGGACCAGAGGUACAGUUUCAGCACAAAGGCUAUUUAUAACUUGGCCAACGGGGGGUUUUGAAUUUAAAGCUGCAUUACCUCUGUUGGCCAUGAGCCACUGGACCUCACAAGGGUGCAGCGUCAUAAAAGACUUGUUCUACCAUCUGAAAAUCUGGGACUCUCCUUCAAGCCACCUGCAGGUGUGCUUUUCUUAAUUAACUAAUUAAUUACAGCCUUUCUUUAUGUCUCCUUUGGCCCUCUCUUAUCUACACUCCCCUGUUCUCAUACCCCACGCUAUUUCUGUCCCUCUCUGAGUCAGAGACGAAGCUCACAACUUUGAAUGACACAAACAGACAGACCUCUGUCUCCCAAUUCGGAAUAACUCUAGUCUAAAACACACAAAAACCAAACCUCGGAGGGCUUAAAGCAAGAGAUCCAAAGAAAAUUACCAAAAUGGAGGAAUCUGAAAGUCUGGACUCUGAAAUGACUGAGCUGCAGGAGUUUCAGGAUGAAGCUCUCAGCCAGGAUGAUGAAGACGAAGUGGAAGAACUCCAGAACAGUCUGCGAGAAGUCAUCCAGGACCAGUCAGUGAAGCCCAAACUCCAGUGCCUCAUGGUGGACCCGUCCUUUUCCAUGGUGACAGUUCAGAGUGAGGACAGCGGUAUCGUUUGGGAGACGGCCUCCAGCCGUUGCUCUACACCCUGGGCAUCUGAGGCGAGCUCCACGUCUGAGGCUUACAGCAUGGAAGGUUCUGGAGGUGCGGGGAAGAUCACCAUUGUCUUCGAUGAGGACAAAGUGGUCCGCAGGAGGACGAGAUCCGGGGCAAGAAGCAGCAGGUUGGGAGACCGGUUAAGCCGACCUGGUAGUUCAAGGUCAGCUUCGGCUUUGGGAGUAGAGAGACCAGAGAUGGCGGAGGUUUCACUCCCUAACAUCAAAGAGGAGAAAACACCAACAGAGGAAGAUUUGGAAGAGAUAAAAUCCAAAGAUCAGCAGCUGUUCAGUUUGAUAUCUGAAGGAUAUGAGAUUCUCAACAUCAGAGUGCCGUCCAAACUUCCCACUGUGGAUGAGGAGGAGACUACAGACCUGCAGGAUAAUUUGUCUUAUCUAGACCAGACUCCGAAGAUCAGGUCCAGAAACCAGCAUGACUGGGCACAUCACAGGGACCAGCUGGAAGCAGAGCAGACACCUGAUCAUGCUGAGGCCUCAAAAGAAACUUUGCAGCCAUCGCCGGACAAACUGCUUGGAUCCACAACAUCAGAGACAGAGAGCACUGCUGACAUCGACUACAUCGAAAAGUUCACCCUUUUGGAUGUGGGGAUACCUGGAGAGGAAGCUCCACAGCUACAGCAAGAGGAAGAGAAGUCGCCUGCAAAAGCCCAAACGGAGCAGCAGGAAACCUUAAAGGAGGCAACCGAGGAUGGUGCCUCUGUGUCCGAAGACUCUUUUGUGUUUGUCACAGAUGCUGACAUAGUUGAGGAACACCUGGAUGAGGUCUUCUAUGGAGAAGGACCUCCCAUAGAGGCACUGAAGGAGAAGCAGGAAGGCAUUGAAAGGAUGAGAUCAAGACGUGAGAGCCAGCGAUCAAUGGUGGAUGGUGGUUUGGUGCUGUUUGAAAGUGAAGAGACCACUCUCACUCCUAUUUUUAUCUCCCCGGGGCCCCCCAAGAUCAUUGACCCCAUUCUCCUGGAGGAGCCCACUGCCAUGUCUUUCAUGUACUCGGACCUCUACGAGGAUGCUGUGGGGGAGAAAAGAAGGAGUGACGAGGAGUACUCGGAGGCGGAGAGUGUGGCGUCUGAGAAAUCCUACAAGAGGCGGCUGUCAGAUUCAGAUGAGGCGGAUGGGUACCUGGAGAAGUUCAGGCUGAAAGAUGAAACACCAGCGGUGGACCUUCAGUCAGAGUCAUCAGAGGAUAAGGCUGGGGGGAGGAUGAUGUGGCCACAAAGUAAGUUUGAAAUGACAGGAUGCUUAAUCAAAGCAGCAAAAGAUGAAGAAGAGGCAGAAAUUAUAAAAAGCAAUGAAGUGAAGAUACAGGAGGGGAGUGAAAUACUGAAAGAGAAAGAGGAACAUCAAACAGAAACAGAAGAAAAACAAUCAUCAGUGAUACUUCAUGAUGAAGGUUUAGGGGAAAUCCCAGAAGAGCCAUGCCAGGAGACUAAAUCAGUGGAUCAGAAGGAGAGUAAACAAGAGGAACAGGUAGUGGAGCCAAGCACAGAAAAAUCAAUCGAAACUCCUCAGAUGGAAACAAAAGUAGAUGAAAUCUCACAGGGCAGAGAUGAGACGGUCACUGAGCAAAGUUUUUCUGAAACAGAACCGCCAUGUGAGCCACAAAUAGAGGUUGAAAACGUGUCUGGGCUGUUUGAGGUGACACCAGACACGACAGCGUCGACUCUACCUGAGAGCAGAGAGGAUCCUCCGGCCAGCACCGAACCCACUGUACUGACAGAAACCAGGGAAAGGAGCCCGUUUGAAGAAGGAGCCCCUGUUGAGUCAACAACGGGGGCUGCUGAUGAGAAAUACCCACCUGAAGUAGCAGCAGCUGAAGUGAAAGAAACUGGAGACGCAGCACUCGCCUCAACUGAACUCCUCACAGAGUCAAAGGCAUCUUCUGAAGUACCUGUGCAUGAGGACAAAGAAGCAGUGUCUGCAGAUGCGGCCCCUCUAGGAGUCAUCACUGACUGCGACUGUGCAGUACAAACAGUGGAGGAGGUGAUGGAGAAAGCAAUGAAUGACGAAGAGAUCCACAACCAAGUUAAGACUGAUGUACAGGAGGUCAUGGAGGCGAUACUGCUUGCUCCUGAGGCAGAAGAUCAUCUCAAGCCCCUAACAGAGGAAUCUUCUGAGCAGAGCAAGCCUGCAGCUGCUGAUCUGGAGUCAGGAGUUGAAACUGAGACUUCAGGGGAAAUAGCCCAACCUGCAAAGCCCAAAGAAACCAACAAACAUCACCAGACGCAGCAAGACAACACAACUGACUGUGAAUCAGACAACCUGCGACAAACAGCAGAACCCACAACUAGAUUGUCUGGAGAAGACUCAAAGACCUGUGUGCAGGACGUAGUGAACAUAGGUGAUGAGUUAAUCCUCCUUGUUCCCAAAGGACAGGCUGUAGAGAUGGACAUACAGAUUGAUAAGUGGUCAGAGGACAUUAUUAAAGAGACGGUUUCUACUCCUGAACCUGACAUCUCAUCUGAAAUUCAGGCACCGAGGCCUCAAGUCGAGGAAGAGCCAAUAGUCACAGAAAUAGAAGAACUUUCCAGUAAUGAGUUGGACUUGAAGCCUUUAGCACCUGCACCUGCAGAAGAAGCCAGCACUGAGGAGCUGGAGACUCAAGAGGACAAACUCCCUUACUCCCUGCUGAGAAGCUUCACUCCUCAGGAGGAUUUAUCCGAGCUUCGUGGAGAUGAUGUACAUGCAGAAGAAUCAGAACAAAAAACAGACCGAUGGGAGGUGGAGGACAAACCAGAAAUAAACCUUCCUAAAGAGGAAGCAGAGCCAUGUCUUGAUUUGCACAGUGAAGAUGCAGAACAAAUUAAGGAGGAAAGUGACACAGUUGUUGUUGAAAGUAAGGAAGAAGCGCUGGAUGACUUUGGAUAUGAAAUGAUCGGAGAGGAAGAUGCAAAACAUAUUCUUGAAUCUGCGAACCAGACAGAACAAGAUGAUGAGUCCCAUCAGAGACCUGAGGAGAAGAUGGAGACGGAGGUAGAGAAGGACGAGCUCAAUGAGGCAGAUUAUGAAAUUAUUGAUGCAGAGGAGGAGAGUAAGGUCCGCCUGGCUGCUGAGCUGCAGGGCAUGGACUGGUUCUGUCGCACCUGUGGAUGUCUGCUGCUAGAGGACCAGUGCAAAUCUGCAGAACAUCUCGACCACCAGGUCUGCUCAGUGGAAAAGGCCUAUGAGGAUGUCAAGGUAAGUGAAAGGGGUUAAACCGUGGAUAUGAAG